CAGCCGGGCUGAGUGAUCAGGUAAACAGGUGAUUAUGAAGGCGAUCAGUCCGGUGUUACCGCUCAGGAGGAAUCACAUCCCCUCUUACUCACAGGAUCACAGUCUCGGGAUCUCUCCGGGUAAGAGUGUGUGGGAUGAGCCGCUCGGUGUGCUGUGUGAUAUGAAUGACUGUUACAGCCGGCUGAAGGAGCUUGUACCCAGCCUGCCUCAGGACCGCAGCGUGUCCAACAUCGAGAUCCUGCAACAUGUCAUCGAUUAUAUACUGGACCUGCAGAUCGCACUGGAUUCCAGCUCAACUAACCCCAGCCCAGCACCACAGCGCUGUCUCCGUUCCGCAGAGACAUCCGGCAGUGCUGAUACCACAUCCAGCUUCUCUCCGGUGUUUCACUGGUGGAGCAAAAACAGGACCCUCUUUCUGUUCUUAUCCUUCCGUGUCCUCUGCCUGGACUUUGUCUCGAGUGACAUGGAUUUCCCUUGAACGGAGAUAAACUGUUCUGUAGUUGUGAUUUAUAUUUAUUCUUUGGACUACACCCGUUCUUUCUUCUUCCAAAGGAAGACUUCAGUACAAGACUGAAAUUAAAAAGCGAGGCAAAUGAAUAUGAUGUAAAUGAUAAAUUAAGAAAAUAAACUUUUUUUUACAUUGAA